CUUGCCUGUGAUUCAUUGUGGAAGAGUUUAUCAGUGGACAACCUUGAUGAUAAUUGCAAACUUUGAACGAAAACAUUAAAGAAAUGAAAACAACUUCAUAGACUUUUAAUUCAGAUAUGAAAUGGGUAAAAAUCAGAGGCCAAAGAGUGCAAGCACAUCUAGCAGCAAGACGUCUGAGACUACAGCCAGAGGCAGUGUGCCAUACACCGAUUCUCUGCGAUCACAAUGCAGCAGUUUGGAAGAUGCUUUAGUACAAGAAUAUAUUAAAGAGAUCAGUAAAUUUCCUUCAUCAUCGCAACGUUUACCAAGAAAGUGUAGAUCACCAUACAAGAUGACAAUCCACAUUCGUACACAAAGGGCUAAACCUCCUUUGCGGUCUCCAGUUGGAUCUCUUCCAUGUUCACAGACUAGACGAUCAAGAUUUCAAAAUUCUGUUGAAAGCUGUGCUGUGAUUUCAGACUGCGAGAGCAGCAAUUCAACUCGUAAAAAGAAAAGCAACCUUCGAUUUCCAAGGAUCAAAAGAUGUUUGAGUGCUCCCCCUGGAUCAGUCAGGAAGGCACAUUCUUCAUUAUCUUCAAGGCUUCUAUCAGGUCGCAGAAAUAGCAAAGAAAAGCCACUCUUUAAACGUCAGCCGUGGAUCAUAAAAGUGACGGCUUACAAGAAUGGGACAAGUGAUGUGUCUGCAAAGAUAACAGCAUCUAGCAUCAAACUGCUACUGGAGGCCUGCACUACAAGGCUUGACUUGAACUCGGCUGCAAGAAGAGUAUUCCUGGCCAACGGUCGAGAAGCCUUUGAACCGAGGGACAUUCCUCAUAAUGCUGAUGUUUACAUUUCAACGGGAGAGCCAUUCAUGGAUCCAUCCAAAAAGAUAAAAGACCACAUGUUAUUGACCAAGAGGGUGAGCUGGACAAUGAAAGGGGUAGUGCUUCCUGUUGACAAGAAACGUGGCAAAACAAAGCCCAUUCUCUCAAAGCGUCUGAAGAAGCUCACUGAAAACACCUCUGUCAGAAUUUUGGUUUUUAAGAAUGGAGCUGGGCAGGACGGGUAUGAGAUCACUACAUCACUCGAGGAGAAACAACAGUUUCUAGACCAGUGCACUCAAAAAAUCAAAUUAACAUCAUCAGCUAAACGUCUAUAUGACUGGCAGGGUGAUCGAAUUCGGGACCUAAGAACAGUUCCAUUGCUCGACAAGUGCCUGCAGAAUUCCAGCACACCUCUCCGUGGACCUGUCUGGGUCUCUAAGGGGGAAGGGUUCAUCCCAUCAGGAGCUAGGACAUACAUCCAGGGAGUCCUAUGGGCUAUAAACCAAAAGCUGACGCCUGCAAGGAAUUACAGUAAGCAGAUAUACCAUGCCUUAAAUGGAUGUACACGGAAGGUUACACACAAAGCCCUUCUCUCUAUGACUACAGGAGAACUCUAUAAAGUAAAUGAAGAUUUGGAAAACUUGAUCGAUGAACUGCGAGCUGUUAUCAAGAAGCACAAUAGUCAGCUCUCGAAACUUGGCCCACAGUUACAGGCUGAAGAGGAAUUGCAAAGUGCCCUUGUGUCUCAGACUAUUCAUAGGUUUCCAGCAAGCACCACUCUUCCAAAAGGCCUGCAGCUAAAAGUGUAUCGGAAUGGUCAGAGCACUGGAGAGGUUCUCAUCUAUAUUAACAUGAAGGUCAUCGAGAAAGAAUCGGGAAAUGACAAAUUCAUGAUGGACAAAUUGCUACAGAUGAUUUGUCAACGGCUCCAGUGCUCGUCCGGAUAUCACGCUUCAGGUCUCAACCUUAGUCCUACUCGGUUGUUUGAUGAAAAUGGGCAAGAAAUAAAAAAUCCCCUUUUCCUUGAAAAUGAUCAAAAGGUUUGGGUGUCUUACGGAGAAGACUACAGGAGCAUCUGCAAACCAUUCCUCUGUGUGAGGUUUGAUCGGGUAAUAGGAGUUAUCGAGCAGGACCAGAAGGUGGUUUAUAAAACUUCUCUGGAAUAUAAUGGUCCCUUAACUGGCUUGGAAAAAUGUGAGACUUGGGAAGUGUGCACAGAGUUCCCGGACAACUAUGACUGGACACAGAUAUAUCAACCCGGUUAUGAAAAGAUGGAUAUGACAAAGAAUUAUCAUUUCCUUCAAUGGAAGAAUGAUCCCCAGCUGGUCGUACACCCUUCGAUUACUAUUGAAAACAGGACUGAGAAAGCUGCCUCCAUUAAGAAGGAGCAAAAGAAAAACAAGGUUUCAGAAGGGGCAUCAAAGUGGACUUUCUCUUACAUAUGGGUUAUUGCAAAGGCUGGAAUGAUCAUAUGUCGUGCUGUUCCCCAACUCUGCCUUGCUGUCAGCGAUCAACAGAUCCGUUUGAAGAGCGUGGGUAAUGUGGAAUUUGAAGGAUAUAUGUUAGUUGUGCAGAAAAGAAUGAGACAAAGUCCAGAACAGCAAUGGGGGUUUAGUACAGCUGGCCACAUUUACUCCAUGGCUCACCCUGAAAUGGUUCUAACUUACAUUGGGGACCUGAAACUAAGUGUGGAUAUGAUCCAGCAACAACAACAGGCACACUUUGCGUCUCGUCCUUUAAAUGACCAGGGGAGGACCAGCAAUUUGGAAGAAGAGGUCUCCGCAAAUAGCCCCAGGAAGGGCAGCCACAAACAAGUUUGCAGGGACUCAGAAGUCCAGUUAAUACCUGAAGGAUGCCUUGAGGAUACUAAGCAACUGACUGCAGUACUCUUAACAAAACUGGAAGAGAAACACCCUUGGAUUACAGCCCAGAGAUGGGCCAUCAAGCAUGAAGGAACUGCAAAGCCUGGCCAGUGGAAACAUUCAAAAUUGGAGAAUCCACUGUGGAGCAAGUUAACCUACAUGUGGCCUGUGCUGCCAGAUGGUGAAUUGAAUGAGGAAUAUGAUUGGCCAAUUGAGGGGUCCCUUCUCCCCAAUGCUCCGCCGCUGCUAAAACCAUCUCAGAGGAAUCAAUCUGGAUACAUGCCUGUGAGAAUAAAGGUUCUGAAGAAUGGAGAGAAAGACAAGUCCAGGAUAUUAACAGUUACAGGACCAGAUAUCACAAACAUGCUCAAGAAAACCCAUAAUGCUGCAAGGAACAAGAUUCGACAGAGAGGAAAGGGUGAAUUGCAGACAAGCAAAGAUAUGCAAGGAGAUCCUUCAAUUAAGGUGCAUCAACUUGAAUUUAAGCAGUUUCUGGAAAGGUGCACCUUGAUACUGGGAUUGCCUUUUGCAGCCCGCAGGCUGUUUGAUGAAACUGGGAAAGAACAUACUCUUCUGCGAGAUCUACAGAGGGAUCAGUUGGUGUAUGUUUCUUGUGGAGAGGCAUGGAUAGAUCCCAACCUAACCUCAUUGCUGCAGAGGAAACGUCUCCGCCUUAACAAUCUGACAUGUGAUGUUGCUUUAAUCCGCAGCUACUGUGCCAUGCGCAACCCCAAAGGUUUGGUGCUUGAGGUUGUAGGUACUCUUACGCCUGGAGCUAAGUUGGUAUUAGCUGAAUGUGUCAUGCCCGUUGAACAUGAAGAAAAUACUUAUGAAGCAGAUAAGCAAAAUCAAUCAUGUACUGCAACAACUGAUGAAAAUCAUAAUGAGGACAGAAACAUCUUAAUUGAUCUACUUGAUGCACAUACCAGGACCCAUCUUACUCUCGAUGCCCACUACCCUAAGGAACGUUAUCCAUGGGAAAGAGAUUCAAAGGAAUUUGACGAUGAUGGAGUCUCAUGGCAAGAAGAUGGGAAGUCUUUCACGAACAUUAAUUUGUACAAUAAAUACAGGCCCCAGCCCAAACUUCUCAAACCACAACGGAUACAUCAGCAGCAGUUUCAGUUCCAAGAUGGGCACAUCAUGAACUGUAGCUGUCCUUGGCUUGUGGUAGGCAUUCUGGAGAUGAAUGCACAACCAGGCACUGAAGUGAGACUGGUUGAGAAGAAAGCUGAUGACAUCUUUCAACGCUGGAUGUGGAGAGAAGACAACAGAACUUUCCAUUUAAUGGGUAAUCCUGAUCUGGUGCUUGCAGUCUCAACUGCCCAAAUAAACUCGGGUGAUGGCAAAGGUGCGAUGGAAGUUCAGGGAUGUUCAAUUAUACUUCAGAAGUAUAAAGCAUACAGUUAUGGAGCUGCUAAUCAGAAAUGGUUCUGGAUGCCAGAGAUAAAGGUUCUGAAUGCUUUUUAUACCUCAGUAUUGGACAAAGAAAUCACAGCAGCUAACCAGGCCUCUGUGUGCACCUUCUGCAUCUGUAAAAGAGAGGAAUUAGACCAACCUGGUUAUUAUUUUACCCAUGCCUGUACAAAGAAAAAGACUGUGGUUUGUUUGGCAUGUGCCAGGGCACUGAGAGGACUUAAUGUUAUGACAAAACUCAACCCAGGUAACUCAUUCAUGUGUGCAACAGGCCAUGAGCUGAGCCUGUUUGAAGGAACCGGGCCUUUUAAAUGCAUCAGAGUUGCAAAGGUUGACCUUUCUACAUCUGAAGCUGAAAACAAUUUGGCUUACUGGGAAAAUAAAUGGAUUUCUUUGCGGAAGGAGACGUCAGUGCAUACGAUCUCUCAGGAGAUCUCAGCUGCCAAGACCCAAUUGGCAUUAAGACUCAUGGCCUACCGGAACGGAGCUGGAUAUGAGGACGGUCAAUUGAUCAUUGGGAGAACAUUUUCCUCGUUGCUUGCUACAUGUACCCAAAGACUAGGACUCACCAGACCAGCGUGCAGACUCUACACAGCUGAUGGGAGCCUGAUCCUGACUGUAAAUGAACUAAUAGCAUGGGCAGUUAAUGAGACUUUGCAAGAACACAAAUACAAAACAAAACAAAAUGAUCAGGAUGAGGUUGGAAGACCGAAGGAAUUUCUAAGUGAAGAGAUGAAAGAAGACUGGGUUGAGUUGCCGACCUGUGGGUUCGACCACUUGGAACAGAGAUUACCCCGGGUCACCGUAGAGGACUUGGAGAGUAUAGACACUGAUCUCAAAAGCCUCAUUGUCAGGAACCCUAUUGAGGUCUGGGUCUCAUGUGGAGAAUUGUUCGUGCCUUUGAGUGAAUCAAACAAAAGACUGAGACUGCAACGGAAACAGUGGCUGCAAAAGCAGAAAGUUCUGUUUGAUCUUGAUAAAAUGAAGCAUAAAAUGCGUCACAUUCAAGGGAGGCGAGUGGGAUCCAUGACACCAGCUAGCAUGGUGCCCACGAAGAGUUUAAUUCAGCCAGUAGCCAUAGCAGGAGGGUGGACAGAGCCUUCACCAGAGGAGGUGAAACUCCUGGAAGAUGUACAAAGCAUGGAGAUGCAUCUAUCAGAAGUCCAAGCUGUGCUAAAAAGAGAAUGCCCCUUGGUUCACAGCAAGUCGGUCUCCAGUCAAAGGCCCCUCUACAUUCAACCAAAUGUCAAGAGGGUUCUGGCAUACCUGAAUGGUGAUUUCACAGACCAAGGCACCUAUGCUUGGGGCAAAACUAUUCAAGAGCUGCUUGAAAACUGCACUGCUCGGCUUAAGCUGCGGCGCACAGCAAAGACCCUUUUCAGUCCUGAUGGAGAGCGGAUCACCUCGUGGGAAAGCAUAGAGCGAGACAUGUUGGUUUGCGUCUCCCUGGGUGAGCCUUUCAUGACUAGUACAGUGAGCCGCCAGAGGGUGGACAUCAGAGCCAAUUAUGCAAGAGUCCGAAAAGAACAGGGACAAGAUGCCACAAACAUUAUCUUCACCUCCAGAAUGAUUUCCAAAGCACAGGUUGAGACUCCGAGUCCUUUCCUGGCCAUUCUCCCAGCCAGAGAAAUUAAUGAAUGAACUAAAUGGUAAGAAUGUCAAUGUCAAAGAGAUCAAAUUCUGAAAACCUGCAUUUUCCUGAUAAGAAACUGGAAUUGUUAAGUUGCAGUGGAUUCCUGUCAUUAAACCUUUCAAUAUCCCAGCAAUGGAUCAGUUUUGAAGUAUUAGAAGAUUGGAAUUGAAGACACCAGAGAAAAGUUACAAUCUGUUUGCCAACGAGAUGCUGCAAAAUUAAACCAGCUACUCUUUUCCUUAACUGGUUGAAGACAGUAGAAACACACCCUCCAGAAAUUUACAUUUGUUGCUCAAGGCACUGAAUUACAAGACCUGCGAUUUGAGCUAAAACUAGAUUGAAAAUGAAAAGGAAUCUGUUUGGAAGAAAGAAGAUCAAGGCUAAGUGAUUCACCAUUUAUAGAAAAGCAAAUUGUUUGUAUUCAUAAAGUUAGCAACUAAAACCAAAUACCAAAAACUUUAUCUAUCACUGCUAUCCAGUCAUCUUACAGCUGUAGCAGCAUAAAGUAAAAGUUCCCUUUAGAGUCAUGGAGUCAUACAGCACAGAAACAGGCCCUUCAGCCCAUCUUGUCCAUGCCGACCGCUUUCCCUAAACUGAACUAGUUCUGUUUGCCUGCAUUUGGCCCAUAUCCCUCUAAACUAUUCAUAAUCAUAUACCUGUCCAAGUGACUUUUAAAUGCUGUAAUUAUGCCCCUCCUUGCCAAUUCCUGUGGCAGCUUGUUUCAUAUAUGCACAGACCUCUUUGCAAAAAGGUUGUCCCCUGGGUCCCUUUUAAAUCUUUCCCCUGUUACCUGUACCCUUAUAUAAAUUUAUAUAGCACCUUUCAAAACCAUGAGAUAAAGUACUUUACAAACAGUAAAUGACUUUGAAAUGCGUCAUUCUUGUCAUGUAAGGAGCAGUGUAGCUAAUCUAUAUACAAGCUCCCACAAGUAGAAUGAUGUAGAAAAACAGAUAAUCUAUUCUUAAUGAUAUAGAUUAGAAUGUAAAUAUUGACAAGGAUAAUUCUUGUGUCCUUACUGCCAUGGAUCUUGUUUAUUCACCUGAGGGGGCAGACAGAACUUCAGUUUACGAUCUUAUCAAUUUUCCAGCAGGGCAGAAUUCGUUCAGCACUGCACUGAACUGUCAGCUUUGAUUUUUCUGCUGAAUUCAUAGAAUGAGACCUGAAUGAAUCAUUGAAUCAUAGAAUCCUUUCAGUGUGGAAGCAGGCCAUUCAGCCCAUCGAGUCGUACCAGCCCUCCAAAAACAUUUCUACAGAUCUACAAAUCUACACCCUACCCUAUAACCCCACAUUUCCCAUUGCUAACCCCCUAACCUGCACAUCCCUGGACAUUAUGGGCAAUUUAGCAUGACCAAUCCACCUAACCUGCACAUCUUUGGACAGUAGAAGGAAACCAGAGCACCCGGAGGAAACCCAUGCAGAUAACGGGGAGAAUGAACAAACUCCACAAGGUUACCCAAGGAUAGAAUUGAACCUGGGUACUUGGCAUUUUGAGGCAGCAGUGCUAAUCACUGAGACCUAAUCUAUGCCCCAAUGACUCUGAGGCAAGAGUGCUACCUUUUGAAACACUGCAGAUACACAUAGAGUUGGAGAAUCAUCAGCACAGAAAGGGACUGUUUCGCUGUUCAUACCUGUUCUGGUACUACCGGAAUAGUCCUGCAAAUGGAUGUGAGUUUGCUCACUGAGCUGGAAGGUUCGUUUUCAGACGUUUCGUCACCAUUCUAGGUAACAUCAUCAGUGAGCCUCCGACGAAGCGCUGGUGUUAUGUCCCGCUUUCUAUUUAACUGGUUAGGUUUCCUUGGGUUGGUGAUGUCAUUUCCUGCAUUGGUCACCAGUUGGUUCAUUCAGACGGUGAAAUCCAGAACUCUUGCAUUAAAAAAAAGUUUUAUUUCUCUUCCUGCUGCUUCACUUGCCAAUUGUCUUAAAUCCAUGACCUCUUGUUAUUCAUUGUCCAACCAGUGGAAACAGUUUGUGCCCUGAACCACCUGUGUUCAAAGUAUAAAAAUUCCAGCCUAUUCACGUUGUAUGGAGACGUGUGCCCUAAUGCCAACCUCAAACAAGUAAUUGUAACAUUAUGCUCAUAAUUGUCAAGGUGUGCCCUGAAUCACCGCCCCCCCCAACACACACACACACGCACGCACACACACACACACACACACACACACACACACACACACACACACACACAUACACACACACACUUUCUAUACUCAAAGUGGAUGCCAGCUUAAUAUAUCCAACCUACUGUCAAUAUUCAAUACUUAUGCCGCAGUAUCAGUCUGAAGAAUCCAUAUUCAGUACACUUGUUCCCAGUCCAAUAUAUCCUGAGGCAGAAUGUGUAACACGGUGGACGUGGAUAUAGUGAUCUUUGUACUGGAGAGCAUGCAGGAUCAGAAAUACCAGCUGGAGAUCAAACUGGUAGGUGAGAUUAUUAACAUUACAAUGAGGAUAACAAGGUAUGGAACUGAAUCUGUGGAAGAGGCUAAAGACAGUGGCUUCAUCUUCUUGAUGCUCAGCAAGAGAUUGUCGAGGCUUCACCAAGCCUGGAUUUUAUUGCCUCUAGACUCUUUGAUUCCAAUGUAUUCCUUGCUCAUCUCCAGCUGUCCACCGUCCAGGAACGAGAACUCUUCCCAAACUCUACUGUCCCUAUUCUAUCUUGGCCCUUGUUCCAUUCACCCAUCACACAUGUUCCUAUUCAUUCUCAAAUUCCACCGUGAUCUCAUGUUUCCUUAACACUGUAAUGUCCUUCUGCAAUACAUUGCUCUGAAUUCUGUGACUCCUUUAAUUCUGGUUAAAACGUUUUCAUCAUUCCACCACUGUUGGCCAUGCAGUCCACUCCCUAGACCCUGAAUUCUUAACAUGACCCUUAAGAUCUAACUCCUUCAACAAGCAAUUGGUCAUCUGUCCUAAUAUAUCCUCAUGUGUCUCUGGCUAUGCUUCCAUGAAAUAUGUUAGGAGGCUUAAUUAUGUGAAAGGUACUACUUAACCCAAGUUGUUAGAAACAGUGGCGAGUAGGAUCCUAAGGAUUGCUGUCUAUGGAGCUCUGUAAAAACAGGCCCCAGAUUCUGUUUUGAGUAACCUCCACCAAUGACUGCAUGGAGUUAAAUGAAAAAUAAUAAAAAUACAUUUGAAUCCUUGAAAAUCCCACCAUUAUCACUCAGAACUUAAACUGCAAACUUCAAAGCUUAAGUCAUGUUUAUGUUUCACUUCAUAAAAACUAUCCCCUAAGCAAAUUGUGUGUACCUUAACUUAAUUAUAGCCUUGUGCUGGAAAGUAAAAAUUUAAAUGUGUUUAUUUUAGAUUGAGUCAUCUCCACUUAAAUAUAAAUAGAAAGCUUUUAAGAAGCUUUUGUAAUUGAAUUUGUUUAACUGGACAGGACUUGCUGCCCCACAGGAUGUCAUAUGAUGGGGACAAGUGAUGGGUCACGUUACAAAGUUUUUGAAAGAAAUUUUCACAAAUACAUUUAAUGUUUUAAAUUAUACAAUAGGCAACUUUGAAAUUUAGAGGCAUCGUCACUCUGUGAAUGUGAUUCUGAAAAUUUGGCGAACAAGCUAUUGAAAAGUGAAGUCAUGAAAGAUUCCUUAGCUCAGGGCACCUCAGCCAAGCCAAAUAUAGUUGGUGCAGCAAAGCUGCUGCUGAUCUCAAGAGUUUAAUCCUUGUGCUUUGAUCCCACCUUGAUUAAAAACUUGUUGACUGAACAGAACUGGAUUACAGAUAGCACUGUUACUGGGCACUGCAGAAUACUGGCUACAAUUUAUUGCUACUGAAUGAACAAUAAAAGGAAAAGAAAGAAAGUUAACUUAGAAAGGGUAAACAAAGGAAAUCCUGGCCCCAUUAUCCUGUGGUUAAAUAAACCUUGCUGAGCUACUCAUCGUCUCCUGUGUUGGUUCAGCACUGACUGGAAAUAAUGACUCCUGCUUCAAGUUUCUCUGUACAACCUUCUGAAAUUAUUGUAACAGAGUCUUACUUAUUGUGGCAGUGGUCUGAUCCAACCAUAAUUAACCACACAGAGAGAAUGUAUUGAAAUCACUUGGUUAAUCAUCAUGCUUUAAA